GUCCUUUUCAGGGCCAACAAACUGUUCCGAAGAAGUGGGUUGUCAUAGGAGUAAUGACAAGACUACACACAUUGACAAGAGCCCCACAGAAUCAAUAAAUAAUCAACAAAGAGAAAGAAUACUUAUUCCCAUUUUAGUGCUUCCAUCUAUAUACAGAAUCAAGAUUUAUGAACUUAUAUUUAUGUAGCUAAGUGAUAUAGUUCUUUGUAUGAUUUUCCUUUUACAUAAUUUUAAUGUCUAAAAGCUUCUACAUGUAUUCUCAAACAUUUGACUGCUAUUAUACACAGUAUAAUCUGAAAAUGCGGCAAAAAUAUAAGUAGUUUUCAAUAACAAUAGCAAAUUUAAUCAUAAUUAUAUGAAAUUAAAAGCAGAUUAAAUCCGGAAGGUACUUGCUAUAGUGCACUUCAUAAACAUCAGUUUCUUGUAUUUAUCUACAAACCUUAAAAAUUAAACUACACAGUACCUCAAAUGUAUUUGUAAUUUAACGAGUGUGUAACUUGGGCGAAACUGACCUUAAUUUGCAGAUACUUCCUAGAAGAAAUAUAAAUUCAUACAUCAAAAAUUCAUUAACAUGAAUUAAUUUUUCUUUUUGUUCCAACAGGAAAAGAACAUAACUUCAGAAAGUACAAUGAAGCAACUGUUACUAACUUUGGUGUGCCAUAUGAUUAUGGAAGUAUAAUGCACUACAGUGCAUAUGCUUUCUCCAAGAAUGGGAAACCUACAAUAACACCCCUUCAAAAUGGAACUGAGAUUGGUCAACGAGAGGGACUCAGUGAGAAAGACAUAAAGAAACUUGGAAAGAUGUAUGGUCACUUCAAGGAUGGUGACAAAGGGAAAUGUGGUGAGGAGAAAGAGGAUAAUGAGGAAGAAGAAGGGACUGAUAUAGAGGAAGAGGAGGAAAAUUUUAUCUUACUUCUGGACUAAUACCUCUUAAUUACUUAUGGAGUGUUCAAAAACUUGAAAACUGUAUAUAUUUACUAAUAACCUACUCCUACAGAAUUGGCUAUGAUGAUUUUUGUCAAUGAAAUCGAAUCAAAGAAUUGUAUUCUGAUUAGACUGCACUUGUGAAAAUUACAAUAUAGAUUCAAGUUACUUUUGAAAUGUAAGUUUUCAAUUAAAUCUAUGAGAUUGUAGAUGCAAUCCUGGUGUGAUAUUCAACCAAACUAAGAUUAAACAGAUUUACCUAAGAGUAUAUACAUUUUCAUAUUUUUCAAUAAACAAGUCUGGAAUGAUA